UUCAGCCCUCAAUGGAUCUCUUACUUGCCAAAAAUCUUCUUCUUCUACUUCUCACACUCUCGAUGAUGAUGGCUCUGUUCACUUCGGUAUCAGCUGCUCUCCCAUCAGUCUCCGUCGCGUCACUCCAUCACACUCCGCGAAUUCAUAGGCGCUUCUCGCUUCAGGUUGAUGCCCUUAGCUCCUCCUCCUCCUCCUCAUCGUUCCCUGACUGCUCCCCUGCCAAAAGCGUUACUUCGUCUUCAACCCCUGUAACCAAGAAGCCCUUGCUCGGACCCUCUCGGCCGCCGGAUCCAAGCUUCAAUAAUACGAUUUCCAAUCCCAACAGCAACCCAGUUAUUCGCCUCGUUCCCUCCGCGGAAUCUUCCAUUGAGAAGGUAAUUUUUGACUUCCGUUUCUUGGCGCUUCUGGCUGUUGGAGGUUCAUUGGCGGGUUCCUUGUUGUGCUUUUUGAAUGGUUGUGUUUACAUUUUUGAGGCCUACAGGGUAUACUGGACAGGAUGUCUCAAAGGGAUUCAUACAGGACAGAUGGUUCUACAAUUAGUUGAAGCUAUUGAUGUUUAUCUUGCUGGUACUGUCAUGUUAAUAUUUGGUAUGGGCUUGUAUGGACUAUUUAUCAGUAAUGUACCUCCUGAUGUACCCCCCACAAAUGACCGUGCUCUCAAGGGAUCUUCCUUGUUCGGGAUGUUUACUUUGAAGGAGAGACCUAAAUGGAUGAAGAUCAGCUCACUUGAUGAACUGAAGACAAAAGUGGGACAUGUUAUUGUCAUGAUUCUUCUCGUAAAGAUGUUAGAGAGGAGCAAGAUGGUGACAAUAGCUACUGGAAUGGAUCUGCUUAGUUACUCUGUGUGUAUUUUUUUGUCAUCUGCCUCCUUGUACAUUCUUCAUAAUCUCCACAAUUUCAAACUAAGGUUUUUUGAUGACUAGUUCUUUGUUAGAGAACUUUUUGAAAAUAUGUCAAAUAAAUAAUCUUCAUACUUGUAUUUUAUAGUAUGUAAUAUCUAAUCUAGACUAUGUGUCAGGUGAUUCUGUUUGCU